CACACGCGCGCGCACACAAUUGCGCGCGCGCGCGCGCGGUCGCUCAUGCACCCACAGAGAGAGACACACACACAGCUACCACCACCACUACCAUCACCACCACCAUCAACCCAACCCCUCUACCCCAACACACACCCCGCCCCCCGAGAAAAACUCUCCCAUCGACUCGAGCUCCCCCCCCCCUCCUCCUCCUCCCCUUCUCGUACCCGCUCGCCGCCGCCGUUGCCUCCGCCGACAGCCGCCACCGCAGACCCGAGUCGGCGUGUGUGCGUGAUGGCUCACCAUCCCCAAGGUUAUCUGUACCAGCCCUCGUCCGCAUCGCUCGCCCUCUACUCGUGCCCGGCGUACGGGGCCCCCACGUUGCUGGGAGGCGCUCGCUCCGAGGAAUUGGGUCGAUCCGGUGCCGGAUCGGCGUUCAGCCCCUACCCGGCGUCGGCCGCCUUCGCGACUGCAGCCGCGGCCGCAGCGACACCUCACGCCUAUAGCCCGCUACAGUACACGGCUGAGCACGCAGCCUUCCCGGGAUACGUGGCAUCUCCGUACGACCCCACGGGCCCAGGUCUUGCCGGAGGUGUUGCCGCCUACCACCCCUACGGCACCCCGCUGGGGCCCUACCCUUACUCGGACGCGGCCUACCGCAAGAACGCGACCCGGGACGCGACGGCGACGCUCAAGGCGUGGCUCAACGAGCACCGCAAGAACCCGUACCCCACCAAGGGCGAGAAGAUCAUGCUGGCCAUCAUCACCAAGAUGACGCUGACGCAGGUCUCCACGUGGUUCGCCAACGCUCGCCGGCGUCUCAAGAAGGAGAACAAGGUGACGUGGGCGCCGCGCGCCAAGAGCGAGGACGAGGAGGAGGAGGAGGACGCCACCAUCGACCUCGAGAAGACGGACGACGACGCCGAGUCGCCCGAGAAGGGGCUGAGCACGACGGCGCACGACGGGGAAGCCAAUCUCUUAAACCACGACCGGAGCGCUUCCCCGCGGGACGAUCUCGAUCCGGGAGACGCGUUGAGGCAGGACGAGCACUCCACCACCACCACCACCACCAUCAACAACAACAUCAACAACAUCAUCAACAACAGCGGCAGCAACAACAACAUCAUCAACCACGCAGCGAAUCUCUCUGAUGCCAUCUCGCCCAGAGACUCAUCCCCUGUUUCUCACGCUCUGCAGGGGAUUGUAAUUGUUGGUGGUGGCAGUGGUGGUGGCGGUGGUGGUGGCGGUGGUGGUGGCGUUGUGAUGGGAGGUGGUGGUGGUGUGAGUGGAGGUGGUGGUGGUGGUGGUGGCGACGCGUCUGUAUUAAUAUCGCAAAGCAGCGGACCUCCGAAGCCAAAACUCUGGUCGCUGGCAGAAAUUGCAUGCGCCACUGAUGCCAAGCAGAAUCAACUGCCCACGCAGCAGCAGCAACAACAGCAACAUCAUCAGCACCACCACCACCACCAUCAUCCGCAUCAGCAGCAGCAUCAUCAACAGCAGCAGCAUCAGCACUUGUGCGCCUUGGCCAACGGCGUCGUAGGCGGGACCGGCUCUGGCACCGCGUGCGUUUAUCCCAAUUCCGCGGGACUUGCAAGACCUGUCUAUUACAGCUCCCCCUUCUAUUCCGCAUACACGGGCUACGCUCACUUUGCCGCGCAUCAUGGACUCGGCGGCCUGACAGCCACCGGUGGAACUCAUCAGCAGCAGCAGCAUCAGCAACAGCAGCAGCAUCAGCACAAUAAUCAGCAUCACCACCACCACCACAGCAACAAUAGCAACAGCAGCAGCAGUAGUAGCAGCAGCGGUAGCGGUAGCAGCCAACACCAUCAACAACACAGCAACCACAACAACAGCAGCAGCAGCAGCAGCGGCGGCAGCAACAGCAACAACAGCAGCAGCAGCAACCAGCAGCAACCGCUGGCAGUCGGAGGCCGCAGCGUAUCAACAGUUGUGCCGAUACCACACGCAGAGACAGCUUUGGCCACACAGGGGCCACUGAGGCUGUUGGAACUUCCCACGGCAGCAGCGGCAGCAGCAGCAGCAACGGCAGCGAUUUGUGCUGUGCAGCAGCAGCAACAGCACGCGGCUACAUCACCGCAGACAAUGAUGGUGGUGGGUGGGGGGCGGCUGCCGGCACCGCACGGCGCUUUUCAGCUGCAGGUGGAGGGCAGAGGGAGCCCCCCUCUCCUCCUCCUGCAGGAGGUGAAGAGUCACAGGCACCCCGGGGCGGGCGGCUACACGGAGACUCAGAGAGACACGGCUUGCGACUUGCGAAAAGAUUCAAAGGACAACCGCCAUUGCCUCGUAUAGAACGCGCUCUUACACGACUGCCUUAUUCAAAAGGUUUUUAUUGCGGCAGAGGUCGCUGUAUCACCAGAUAGAUGAACUGCACGCUCCAAUUACUGUGCGUGAAUGCACGACCGUGUACACACACACACACACGUUACACACAUUGCAAGACAAAGAUCCCCCGUAUAGCCUCAACGGACUUUUGGGGCAAGUGCUGUUAGCGAGCACCUAUGAAGGCCGGCACGGCACAAGAGGAGGUGGGUGGCCAUCACCACGCCGGGUCGCCUUUGUCUUCACAAUGACGAUGUUACCACAUUGCACCAGGUACUCGUUUGAGGCUGAGUCGACCUAGGGGAGGGUUCGGGUUUGUGUUACACACAAAUACAUACACAUGUAAUACACGCGCUCACACUCACAUACACACACUCACUAUCACACUCACACACUCUUUCUCACUCGCACACAAUCACACACCCACCCUUACACACAUUCACACUCCCAUACACCCUAAUUCACACUCAC